AUGUGCUCCAGCGGAUGUUGCUCUACCGGAUGCUGCUCCAUCGUGAAGAGCAAAACCGUGUGCUGCAGCCAGCCGUGCCAGAAGACCAUCUGCUGCGACCCAUGCCAGAAGACCAUCUGCUGCGACCCGUGCCAGAAGACCAUCUGCUGCGACCCAUGCCAGAAGACCAUCUGCUGCGACCCAUGCCAGAAGACCAUCUGCUGCGACCCAUGCCAGAAGACCAUCUGCUGCGACCCAUGCCAGAAGACCAUCUGCUGCGACCCAUGCCAGAAGACCAUCUGCUGCGACCCAUGCCAGAAGACCAUCUGCUGCGACCCAUGCCAGAAGACCAUCUGCUGCGACCCAUGCCAGAAGACCAUCUGCUGCGACCCAUGCCAGAAGACCAUCUGCUGCGACCCAUGCCAGAAGACCAUCUGCUGCGACCCAUGCCAGAAGACCAUCUGCUGCGACCCAUGCCAGAAGACCAUCUGCUGCGACCCAUGCCAGAAGACCAUCUGCUGCGACCCAUGCCAGAAGACCAUCUGCUGCGACCCAUGCCAGAAGACCAUCUGCUGCGACCCAUGCCAGAAGACCAUCUCAUGCCAGCAGUCCAUCUGCUGUGACCCAUGCCAGAGACCCUGCUGCGACCCAUGCCAGCAGUCCUGCUGUGACCCGUGCCAGAAGCCCUGCUGCGACCCGUGCCAGCAGUCCUGCUGUGACCCGUGCCAGCAGUCCUGCUGCGAUCCGUGCCAGCAGUCCUGCUGUGACCCAUGCCAGAAGUCCUGCUGUGACCCGUGCCAGCAGUCCUGCUGCGACCCGUGCCAGCAGUCCUGCUGUGACCCAUGCCAGAAGCCUUGCUGUGACCCAUGCCAGCAGUCCUGUUGUGACCCGUGCCAGAAGCCCUGCUGUGACCCAUGCCAGCAGUCCGUCUGCUGUACCAAGGUGUGCCAGAAGUCCUGCUGCUGUGGCCAGCGAUGCAUGCGACCCUGCUGCUGCUGCGGCUGCUGCCCCUGCUACUGCUCUGGAUGUCUGUCUUGCUGCUCCUACGUGGUGAAGAAGAAGCCCGUUGUGGUGUGUUGCAGCCCCGUGCAAUACUGCUCUCCCAUGAGGAAGUAUUGCAUUCCCAUCCAGCAGUGCUGCACCUCGAUCAAGAAGAGUUGCUGA